GGGAAAGUCAUGGCGCCGCCUGCCAUGCGAGAGCCUCCACCUCGCUGCGCCUCGUCUCCGGCCCUCCUCGCAAUCGAGACCCAGUUUCUCCCUCGCCCCACAGCCCAAUUCAAUCGCACGCGCCAAUCCCCAAUUCCUUCAAUUGCAUCCUUUCUUCAAUGCGGGGCGAUUCCUGUACCGUUUCCACAAUCCCAAUCACCUCGAAAUCUACACUACCGCAAUUCUCCAGCUUGCACUGAAAGUCUGGCUCCCUCGGGGCCUUCAUCAAUCCUGCGAUCGUGGAUCCAAUUCAUUGCAAUCAUUAUCGCUGUCUUCUUCAUUUCAAUUGUGGUUGUAUUCGUCUUGUGGGUUUCUCAGUUGGGGUUUCCUUCGAGGGCUCGUCUGCGGAGUUUCUUACGCUGUAGGAGAGUUUGUUUCAGGGUGGGUGGGCUUGUUUUCAGUGGGGUAAACGGUUCGGAUUGUUUGAGGGUGAUUUGAAUUGGGGGGGUGGCAUUUCGUGGUUGAUUGUCGGGCAGGCUCACAGAUUUGUGGUCUGACUUCGAGGUAGAGUUGGGAUCUUUGGCAUCGGAGAAGCUUUGCCCUAAUUCUAUUCCCCUGUCUGGCAGGGGUUCGUGUUGAAAAAAUUGUUCCCUGGGAGAUCUCAGCUGUGUCACGAUUUCUUUGUUGGUCUCAUUAUAUUUUCUUUUUAUGUCUCUCAUCCGUUAAGGGUUGCUAUUUGAUUUCAGAUUCUGGUAGUUGAGCACAGUGAAUUGGCCUAUUCGCUCAGUAAAAUUGACCUAGAAUGCUUGUUCCUCUAGCGUGUGUGAGGGCUGAUUGAGUUCCACAUCUGGAUUUGGGCAUUGUUUCGAUGGCACAAUUUAUCACUGUGGACUGGAAGAUUCUUCAUUUUUUAGCUCCGAGGAUAUGAUUCCUCGUAUUAGUCUGGUGGAUUUUGGGUUAUGACAAGGUUGUUAGCUAACCUCACGUCUUAACUUUUAACGGGCUGGGGUUUACCUCAGUCUCAAGAUUGAAGGACUGUUCAGUUACGUUGGGAGGCUUUCAAGAAUCUAAUAGUCGAAAGUGUCGUGACAUUGCAUUUUGCGGAUACCUAUGAAUAGUGAAGCACGAGAAACUUAUGCAUAUUUUUUCUACCCCUUCCGCUUCUCCUCCAGUUUAGGGAGACGUUUGAGUUCAUUCUUUCACUCUUAGUAGCUACAAAAGCUUAGUGAUCAAGGCUGGGGUUUGAGAAUAUUGAUCUUGCAAUAACCUCCUCAUUUACAGUUGCGAUACUAGUAUGGCAUGUGGGCUUCAUCUUUUACUUGCAUCUGAUACAUUAGCAUUGGGAGCUGGGAGUAGUCAGCACUAGUGAAUUACGCAUUAAUCCUAAAUGACCUCCAAGAUGGGGUUGAAGAUGUAGGAUUCCUUUUGAAGUGGAACCAUCGCAUUCAGUGUUAUAAUUUCCACCUCUCUCAAGGGGGUUUUGUGCUCCACCUGUGAAUGAGCAAGUCCAGGCUGACGCAGCGGCACAGCAACCAUGGUGGUUGCCAGUUCGAAGGCUUCAGCUCAGGCAGGUUGAUUCUGCACAGAGAACAGGCUUGUCUGACCUUGCACAUGAGGUUUUGGUUAAGGAACGUUUUUGCGGACUUGCUGGAUUCUCUCAUAUUAGAUGUGGCAUCUGAAGCUCAUAGAGCUGCUCGCCUUGGGUUUGACUACCGGUUGAGAAAUGAGGAGGAAGAUGAAGCGCGCGCGUGUGCAAGUGCCCGGGCUACAUUGGGCGAUGUCGACUCUGCGGCCUCAGAGAACUGUGGCAAGUAUACUGUGGAUGUGUUCGAACUGACGCAUCCCACCAUUGCUCAGGAGAUGUUCGACUGCAUGAACUGCGGGCGUCCUAUUGUUGCUGGCCGGUUCGCUCCUCAUCUCGAAAAAUGCAUGGGAAAAGGUCGGAAGGCACGGAUCAAGCCAAACUCUAGCCUGAGUGCUAGUCAGCCACGGCGAGGCCGGGCAGCUGCACCAACUUCCAGAAACACGAACGACAAUUCUGGUGGUCACUACCGUUCCUCAAGUAGGCCACUCGUGCGAGGCGCUGCUCAGGAAUCGCAGCGUAGCACCCCGGAAGCUAACGGGACUUCGACUGCGCAGGGGUCUCAUGAAGUUGAUAAAGACAUGGUUCCAGGGCUUCCUCAUCCUGGGAAAGCACGAACUAAGAAGAGCUCCCUCAAAGUACAACGUGUGAUUCCAGGUGGCUCGGGGGUAGCGAGAUCGUUUGAUAACGUUGUAGGUAGAGGAGGCUCUGCACCUGACACUACUUUGGGAUCCCAAGCCGGUUUUGUAUCUGGAAUGGCAGUACCUGUGGCUGUAUCUGGGGAGCUUGAGGCUCCAGUUGCAAACCACAAGUCGACGGGAUCUGGUCGCACUGGCACCAUCAAGGGACGUAAAGGCAACGAGAAGAAGAGGAACAUUGGGCAAGUUAUGGCAGGGUCUGCCAGCAUGGCAAAUGGGGUGAAUGGAAACGGAGAGUUGGAUGCGAGGUCAAGAACUGUGGAGGUUAGGGUUGAAAAUUCGGAUACCUCUUUGAUGUCUCCUUUCUCCAGCCAUUCCCUGGGGUAAUGUUUGUAGAUCAUCUUACGGAACAUGAGGCGUUUCUGUACACAAGUUGUCUCUGGUUCAGCUGCACGAAGCCGGUUAAUUUUGCUGGUUUGCACAGAAAGCUAGCAAUCUUGCGUAACAAGAACUUCUCCUUAGAAGAAGCUACGCAAGAUUACAAUCAAAGUUGAGGUUGCUCUCUUCUGGAAAGAGUACCACUCAGGAUCACAAUUCUGGCAUCGGCAGGUCUUGACCUUAGCGGUAGAGUGGGAUAAGUGUUCAGUGGUAUGGGGUUAGUAACGACUAUUAACACAUGGAGAGUGUACAAGCUAUGUACCUGGAAGAAUGGUUACACCAAGUUGCAGAUGUAGAGAAUUACAAUUUCCGAGGGGUCAUCCACAUGCCAAAGGCUUGGGACCCUCUGGGGUGCCUGCCACCUUAUUGAUGAAGCAAUUUUGUGUGCUAUGGUAUACCCGGUCAUUACUUCACUGUAAUUUCCUUUGAUAAUCCAAUCAUUUUUUACUCAUGUUUUGAUCAA